AUGCUUCUAAUUAGAGGGAUUUAUGCAGAUGUCUUUUUAAAUAUUUUAACUUUCUGCAACAGCAGCAGCAGCAGCAACAGCAACAGCAGCAGCAUAACAGGCUGUAGCAAAGACAGCCUAGGGAGUAGCAGAAACCGCGGCAGCAGCAGCAACAACAACAUCUGCAGCACCAUCAGCAGCAGCAGUCGCAGCAGCAGCAGUCGCAGCAGCAGCAGUCGCAGCAGAAUCCCCAGCAGCAGCAGCCGCAGCGGCACAGCAACAGCAGCACAGCCGCAGCAGGAGCAGCAGCAGCAGCAGCAACGAUGGGGGCAACACAUUCUCAGCCUGUGGAGGAAUGGCAUCGAAUUUGCUGUCGAGCCUCGACGCGAAGGGGAAGGGACGCGGCAGCCCGCGUUCCAUUCGAGAGACGGGCUCGAGGUGCCUCCGGAGCUAACCCAGGAGAGGGUUUUGCAGAUCCUGCAUAAAAUACAAAGACGAAAAGAAGAUAAAUUCAAACAAAUACUGCAAGCCACCACGGAAAGAGAGCUGUCUCCUGAGGGCGCUAGUGCAGCAGUAACAGCGCAGCUGCAGGAGAGCAACACCGAAGCAGAACGCUCGGUGCUGCUGGAGGAGCAGCUGCUGCUGCAGCACGAACGCCAGCAGCAGCAGCAGCAGCAGCAGGAGCCGGUUGAGCUGACGCCGAUGAAAGCCGCAGUAGAUGAGAGCCACUCCGAGCAUAUCUUUGAUUUGCUGCGUCGCGGUAGAGUGCAGCAGCAAGCAGAACCAUCAACGUGGCCGGAGCUUGCUCUUCGCCUGGAGAGCUGCGAAGGGAUGGAUGUCUUUGUACUCUGUCUCGUGGCACCUGCCACAGCCUGCAGCAGCAGCAGCAGCAGCAGCAGCAGCAGCAGCAGCAAUGAUGUACGUGCUCCUCUAGGGUUGUUAGCCGAGCUCUCUGCUUUUAUAGAAGAGGCAGAGAGCGAGAUGUGGGGUUUAGAGCAGCUUACACCCCUUUGUCUAGACAGUGCAGAGAUGCCUUACGACGCUGAGGAGUAUAAACCUCUGCGGGAAGCAGUAGCAGAAUAUGGGCACUGCUUUGCUUUGUUUAAAGGGCAGAAGCUGAAGGGUAUCUCUGCUUCAGUGUCUACCUUCAAGAAAAUUCUUCAAGAAGCCAUUGGCAGCAGCAGCAGCAGCAACAGCAGCAGCAGCACCAGCAGCAGCAAACCGCCUGCGAGCAGUGCAGCCACUGGGCCUGCAGCAGCAGAUGCCUCUACACCGCGCGCAUCGGAUGCAGCAGCAGCAGCAACAACAGCGGCAGCAACACCACCAGCAGAAGCAACUACACCAGCAGCAACAACAUCAGCAGCAGCAGAGGCGCUCAAUCCCCCUCCUAAAACAAAAGCAGCAGCAGCAGCAGAAGAAGAUGCUGCUGAGACAGCGCCAGCAACAGCAGCAGAUGCAAUUUAG